AUGGAACCGAUAAAGACGGAGUUGGGUUUCACUUCUAUGUUAGCAGUACCAUCUAAUGGGAGAAGAGGGGGGCUGGCCAUGUUAUGGAAAACUGACAUGAAGAUCGACACACAAACCUACUCCCCACACCAUAUAGACGUACAAGUUCUUAUACCUUCCACCCAACCAUGGAGAUUGACUGGUUUAUACGGAUAUUCGGAGGAACAGUUGAAGCCCGAAACAUGGAGAUUAAUGAAGCACUUAUAUAAUCGGUCUACCCUUCCAUGGCUAUGCGUUGGAGACUACAACGAGAUAUUGGUCUCUGAGGAAAAGAAUGGACGGCAUCCCAAACCAUUACCACCGAUGCUUGCAUUUCGAAAUACCCUGUUGGCUUGCGGACUGAUCGAUCUUGGCUACCAUGGUUACAGGUAUACAUGGCGGAAUGGGCGUGAGGGAGAAGAUUUCAUCGAGGAAAGACUGGAUAGGGUGUGUGCUUCCUUGGACUGGUCAGAACUAUACCCAACGGCAAAAGUGCACCAUUUGACAGUGUCUUACUCCGACCAUGACCCAAUUCUAAUCACCACAUCUCCACAGAACGCCCAACACAACCGGAGGCGACAAAAGAUCCACCGGUUUGAAGAGAAAUGGGUGGCCCAUCCAGAGUGUGAAAAAGUAAUCCGAGACUCAUGGACACAAACUCAGCCUUUGGGUCCAAUGAAUUGCCUUUUUGAGAAAAUUAAAGCAUGCAGAGCACACUUGGUUGCAUGGAGUAUAACAGCCUUCGGAAAUACAAGAACCCGCCUAAUAGAAAAGCAACAGGUACUUGAGGAAUUAGUGGCACAAGGGUAUGAAUCAAACCGGGAGCGCAUAAAUAUCUUGCGGAGGGAGAUCAAUGAACUGAUACACCAUGAGGAAGUGUAUUGGAGGCAGCGGUCUAGGUCCAUAUGGCUUCCAGCGGGUGAUAAAAAUACAAGAUUUUUUCACCAAAGGGCUAGCCAAAGGAAGAAGAAGAACACUAUAGAAGGUUUGCAUGAUAAAGAUGGGGUGUAG